UCUCCUCUUUCGUUUUCCGCUUUCAGAUUGAGUUUGACUCUUUGCCAGCCACCUCCUGCACUCUUUCUCUCUCUCUCCAUCAAUGGCGACACCAUACCUUCUUCUUCCUUUCUCUCUCUUCAAUCCCUUGAAGUAAAACCCCUCUUUGCUACCUCUGUCUCUCUCCAAUACGCAUCAAAUCUCAAAACCCUAGAUUUACCAAAAAAGUUCUUCUUCUUCUUCUCUUAUGUUCUUGUUUCUUCCAUGUUUAUAUGGAAUCAGGUAACAGUGAAAGCUUACAAUCUUCAAGCGAUGAACACGAAUCUUCAUCAACAGGAGCUGCAGCUGAUCACUCCACUUUUUUCCUCCCUCCAUUCUCCUCUUCAUCCUCCUCAUCCUCAGCCUUCUACAGCGGCCCAGCAACCCUCUCCUCCUCCUCCUCCUCCACCACCACUUACCAAAACUUCAUCAACAAUCUCAUCUCCGAUGACAUUAUCAACCAAACCCAUCUCCUCUCUCAUCCACCACCACCACCACCACCACAGCCUCCUCCUCCGCCUCCUUCUUCCUCCUCCAGAAACCCUAGAAAACGAACAAGAGCUUCAAGAAGAGCACCAACCACUGUUCUCACCACCGACACUUCUAACUUUAGAGCAAUGGUUCAAGAAUUUACUGGCGUCCCUGCAUCUCCUUUCUCUCACCCUUUCUCCUCCACUACUCGCCGCUUCGAUAUUUUUCGGUCUCCGUCCUCCGAUCAUCCUCUUACUUUCAACCCUUUUCGUCCAAUCCCUCAAAAACCUCAUCAACAACCUUUGAUCCCUUCAUCAUCUUCUUCUUUGCUUAACCAAUUUAAUAACCACACUUCUAUUUCAACAAACUUUCAAUCUCUUACCGAUUUACCCCUCCCUCAAUGUGACCAAGUUUCUACAUUUCAGUCUCUUUUAUCUCAUCAACAUCAUCAUCAUCAUCAUAAUCAAACACUUUUCUCUCUUCACGAUCUUGACUCAAUGAACCUCGGAGCAUUACACCAAAAUCAAAAUCACACUCCAACGGCUGAUGAUGACCACCAGCUGAUGAUGAUAAGACAGCUCUCGGAGUUUGAUCGCCGGACGGAAAAGGGACAAGACUCUUCUUCUUCAGCUCCGAUCAAAGGCUCUUCAGGUACUACUACUACAACAACAACAACACUUGAUCCAUGGAUUUGCCAUACAAAUUCAACCAAUAAUUGAAUACCGUAUAUCGUAUACAUCAUUUUAUAAUUAUUGAUUUUAUAAUUAAACCAUAUCUUACAAUCUUAAAUUCUCUUAUAAUCAGAUUGUAAUC